CUUCGACGCAAUUACUAAGGUGAGCCAUGACUAUUAUUCUCAUCCAAAAAUGCAAUUUCGAACUACAAUUACCAGCUGGCAUAAGUUGGAAUCCAGCUAAAAGAAAAAUAACUGUCGAUGAUAGCUAUACUGUGUUAACGAAUGAUGAAAUGGUUUUGGGAGAACAGAAAACAAACGAUGGACAAAGGAACGCUCUUCUGGUGAAUAACAAUGAAGACCUUGAAGCAACAAGAUCUUUGAUUCUUAGCAAGCCUUUAGUAAUGACGGUCAAGUGUCCUGCUGAAGAUGCAUACUAUGUGACAUGUCUUGUGAUUGUUGAUACGUCCAGUGCCCAAGUAAAAAGUGUCUUUGACAAAGCAUUCGACCUUGCCAGACAGUUGUUGGUGGAAAACAGAAAGUUUGUCGUAACAUUUAAUCUUAAUAAAACGAUCAGUAGAUGGUACCAUGAAACCAUGUUUACUUUGUUCAAUAACGAGAGCACGUGUUAUGGGGCAAAUUUUUAUAUUGCUCACAAUGCCACAGAACAAUGCAUUUUGGCUCAAGAAUACAUGGACUGUUACCGGACACAAGGUUUAUGUUGUUGGUGUUGGUGCUUUCCCUGCUGCUUGGUAAUUGGCUGUCCCUACAUGAUAUACCGCAAUCUUGUAAGAAAGAUCAAAGACGUUAAAGUUUCUCCAAACUUUAACGUCUCCUUGGGCAGUUUUGAUGACUUCGAAAAACUUCCGUUCUAUCAAGGAGCAAAAGAGUACAUUCAGCAUAUUUUCUGAAACGACUUUUAACGAACCUGUUUCGCUAGAAGUGCAAUCGCGAUGACCCCAUUCUCUAUCCACAUAUAUCUAUAAAUAAAAAAAAUUAUUGUUUGUUUAAUAGUCAUGCAAAAGUGAGCGGCUAGGAUUAAGAUUGUAAAUUCAAAGUAACUUUCAUAAUAAACUAACGUAUUUGCUUGCGGUUCCCACAUUUAUUAUGAUUUAAAAAAUAUAGAAGGUGUAAGUAAGAAUUGACAAUACUCAAAUCUAAUGCCUGCAUGUCAACAAAAGACUUCGCAUAUUUGAAUGUAAAACUAACUUCAUAAAAUUUAGAACGUAAAUCUGAUCAUGUUUGUUUUGAUUAAACCUGAAAAAAGUUCAUGUUUU